GGAAGCACAGAGAAGGCGUGGUGGGGCGGUGGCAGCGAUGGGACCGCAGCUGGGGGUCCACGAGCUGCUUCACGUCUUCUCCUUUUUGGACGCCCGAGACCUGCUCUCUGCCGCCCAGGUGGACAAGGUUUGGAAUGAGGUUUCAAGGACCAAGGAAUUGUGGAGGCAGCUGUGUCUGAGACGCUGGCCCUGUAAAGACUCCCAGAUGACGCUGGGCACACAAACAUGGAAACAGUACUAUCUCUGCCGAUCGGAGCUGGAGUUCCGGAUGGAAUCUGGGCGGCCAGAGGACUUCGUCUGCAAAGCCAUUGCUGGGCACAAAGGAGCGAUAGCCAAGCUGGCCUACCUCUCACCCAAGGAGCCCUGCUUCGACGGGCGGGGGAAGUCCGUGGCGUGCACUGUGUCCGCGGACGGCACUGUGCGUGCCUGGGAUCUGCGUGAGGGCACAGAGAUCUGGUCCAGCCCUCUACAGCCUGCUGCUCUGGUGAAUUUGGUAACUUACCCUCAGCUGCAGCUGGUUGUCACCGUGGACAAGGAGGGACUAAUCAAAGUGUGGAAAGCAGAGAAUGGGUCAGAGUCAGCCUCCUUCCGCCUACCUAUGGACUCGUCUGCGUUGGAGGCCUGUGACCAUCCAGAGGGUCCCUUCCUGCUGGUGGCCUGUGCCGACGGAGCACUCUACACGCUGACGGUGCCCGGGCUGCAGCUGCGGUCCAAGGUGAGCGUGUUCCCAGACCACCCCACCAGCCUGCUCUGCUCUCCUGACUGCCAGUGGGUGUUCGCAUGGACCCAGGACUCAGAGCUGGGCCCCAAGGUGUUCCACACGCGCUCCUUGCUGUGUCCCUUGGAAGACGAGCCUCCUGUCUCUACCACUCUCCCCAUCGGGCUGACUUCCAGAGCCUGCUGGGCCCCUGAUCAGGCAGCCAGGCUGGUGGUGAUGCACAGAAAUGACAGUGGCGUGCAGUUGGUCACCACCUACGAGCUAGGGGCUAAGAAGUCCAGGGAUGCAAUCAACAUUCUGGUACAACAGAUUGCAAGUUUCGUCCUGCCAGACACCAUGAUGUCUACUCACCUCAUGAAGGGCCACGGCUCCAAAGUGCUCCUGCUGGUGUCUGGGUCCGAGCUGGUGCUCUUCACCAUCCACGGCCUGCAGCUGGCAGCCUUCCAGGACCACCAGAAGCCCAUCACGUCCGUGUGCGUGGACCAGAGCCGAGUCAUCACCUCUUCUUUCGACCUCUCCUUGCGAGUAUACAUGUGGAAAAAGGACAAUCAAUUUCCUGUCCUCAAGAGCUGCUAUCACUUGCUCGGGGGGUCCCACCGAUGGGCCAGGUGCAGCGAGGCCGCGGGGACCGCGUUGGCUGAGGAUCCGCUUGCCUUGGUGAACGGCAUAUAUACAAAGACUAAAAUUACUAUCAACACGGGGAAAGGAAGCAGUUAUUUUCAAAUGCCUGCCAGGGCGGGCCCUGUGCUAUGUGUUUAUUUGCAUCGUCGCAGCAAGCCAGUGAAGCAGGUGUGAUAUUCUCUGUUCUUCGGACAAGGAACAGGAAAUGUGAGAGGAGAGGCAGUAACCCACUGGUCGCUGUGUCCCAGCUGCUGAGCUGAGCCGUCUGCCAGGGCUGUUCAGAUAGGCAGUGCUGAAAGCAGAAUGCACGAGGGGGGCUGGAAGGCCCAUGCUUAAAGUGCUGGGAUUGUAACAUGAUUGUUUUGUUCAAAUAUGUAAGUAAAUAUAUCUUAUCCUCCUAUUCUUGUGCAGUGUGCUUCAGACACAUUAAUAAAUAGU